AUGGUCAGGAGAGGUAAGAAGCCGGUGGCACGAAAGCUGGAGGAUCUGACGCUGGACUUGGGUUAUGGUGGCGCGGCGGACUCGGUGCGCUCCUCCAAAUUGUCUCUGUGCUGUUCCGACUCGCACCCAGCGUCCCCGUAUGGGGGGAGCUGCUGGCCGCCUCUAGCUGACUCCAUGCACAGCCGGCACAACAGCUUUGACACCGUCAGCACUGCCCUGGUGGAAGUCUCGGAGGGGCUGGACUGCGCCGGCCAGCACUGCUCGCGGCUGCUGCCGGACCUCGACGAGGACCCCUGGACCCUCCAGGAGCUGGAGCUGCUGCUGUUGCGCUCGCGGGAUCCCCGGGCAGGCCAGGACGCGCUGGCCAAGCUCUCGACGCUGGUGAGCCGGGCGCUGGUGCGCAUCGCCAAAGAGGCGCAGCGCCUGAGCCUGUGCUUCGCCACGUGCACCAAGUACGACAUCCAGAGCGCCACGGAGAUCGUGCUGUCCUGGGGCCUGGCGGCACACUGCAAGGCGGCGGCGCUGGCCGCGCUGGCCCUCUAUAUCAUGAGCAGCGCCGGCGGCGACCCUGUGGGCCGCGGCAAGUCCGCGCGAUGCGGCCUCAUCUUUUCCGUGGGCCGAGUGUGCCGCUGGAUGGUGGACAGCCGCGUGGCGCUGCGCAUCCACGAGCACGCCGCCAUCUACCUGACGGCCUGCACGGAGAGCCUCUUCCGGGACAUCUACGCGCGGGUCGUGGCCUCCCGGCUGCCCUGGAGCUGCAGCGGCCCCGGCUCGGGCUCCAGCUCCAGCUUCGGCUCUUGCCCCAGCGCGGGCCCAGCGGCGGAUAAGGAGCGGGAUACGCGCGGAGUGGGAGCAGCGACGCCCAAGUUCACCGUGGAGACCCUGGAGCACACGGUCAACAACGACUCCGAGAUCUGGGGGCUCCUGCAGCCCUACCAGCGCCUCAUCUGCGGGAAAAACGCCAGCG